UUAUUGUGUUAUAUCUCGGACUAGGAUCUGACUGAAAUAAAAACAGUCAAAUAGCUGAAUUAAAAUUCUACAUAGGAGCUGUUCAGAAUGGCACCAGGAAUUGUUGAAGAGGAUAUGAACUUUAACCUCAGGAAAUAUAAUGUUUCUUACAAUACUGGGUUUAUGCUGGAGUCUCCUCUGACUUCUCUGCCACAUUAUUUUGAGCCUUGGAAUCAUCUUGCUGCCUCUGUUCCAAGCAGGCUGAAAACAAAAACGUUAAGGGAUGCAGUGCAUGAGCUUCCACAGCUUGACCACAGACAGCUGGUUGGACACAGACAGCUGAGACUUGCCCACCUCCAGCUUAGCUACAUCACCUCUGGUUAUGUUUGGCAGGAUGGAGAUCAUGGCGUACCACAGUUGCCAAAAAAUCUGGCAGUUCCCCUCUACAAGAUAUCCCAAGAGCUUGGCAUACAGCCCAUCUUGAGCACCGCAGACCUGGGUUUGGCCAACUGGAAGCUAACUCACUCUGAUAGGCCUCGCGACUUUGAAAAUCUAGAGUGUAUCUGCCACCCCCCUGGGGACUCAGAGGGUGACUGGUUCUGUAUUGUGACCUUUAUGGUGGAGUUCAACUUCUCAAAUUGUUUGAAGCCUAUGGCCCACAUCAUUGAGACACUGGAUACGUAUGAAACUGCUAGAGAUGACAGCUUAAAUAUGGACACAACAGAAGAUCAGGUGACCCGGUAUUUAGACGAGCUGACGGAUGCCAUUGCUACGAUGAAGGCUGCCUUUGUUAAAAUGCAUGAUAAUCUUCAAGCCAACACAUUUUUCAAUGUCCUACGGCCUUUUCUUAUGGGCUGGGGAGGUAAAGGCAACCCAUUACCAGAUGGGCUGAUCUAUGAAGGCGUCUCUGAGCAACCACUGAAGUUCCUGGGGUCAAGCGAGGCACAGAGCGGCACCCUGCAGCUGUUGGAUGGCUUCCUUGGCGUACAGCACACUGAAGACAAGAGAGAAACUUUACUGCACAUGCGCAGCUACAUGUUGCCCGGACACAGGGCCAUCAUUGAGGAUGUUGAACGAAGGGAAACAACUCUCAGAAAUUUUGUUCUAUCAAGCCGUAACAAAUCUCUACAUUCGGCAUACAAUAGAUGUCUCUCAGCUGUUGUAAACUUUAGGAGCUAUCAUUUGCAGAUUGUAACCAAGUACAUUGUUGCGGCAUCCAGACAUGGCGUGAGUGGUCAACACGACAACGAUGAUCUCAAGGGGACAGGGGGGACAAAUCUGAUUCCGUUCUUGAAAGGUUUGAGAAGCGAUACAGAGGACGCAGCGACUGUCCCACACGAUAAGAAAACAAAGUUCAGUAUAAAAAGGGAAGUAAUCAUUGCAGCUUUUGUCAUCACCGGAGUAAUCACAGCAAUAAAUCUCUCCUGGGUUAGGUCAAUGAUUUAAAUUAUUAUAUUUAUUGUUUCGUUUAAGAGUUGGAAUGGUA